AUGAUAUACUUUCAAGGGCUGAACGUGGGAACAUUUUACACGAUUUCAACAUUGAUGAAUCAAAGCCUGGUGCCGUACUAUCCGACCGAAGCCGUGAACAUCGGUCGCAUUGGAUCGGUAAUCGUAAUCUCUGGAAUGUUUGGUUCUGUUGCCUGCGGACUCUGGUUGAGUAAAACACGAAAGUUCAAACUGACUCUUUCUCUCGUCUACUCGCUAUCGUUCUGUGGAAUGCUUCUGUACAGCGUGACGAUUGGUAACUGCAGCAUAUGGGUCAUAUUCUUUGUUGCUGCCUUCAUGGGAUUUUUUAUGACGGGCUAUUUACCACUCGGGUUUGAAUAUGCAGCUGAAAUUACGUAUCCGGUGUCAGAAGAUAUUGCUUCUAGUUUUUUGAACUGUUCCGCUCAAAUUUUUGGAAUUAUGAUGACGCUUGGCAUUGGUCAGAUGCUGCAGAACAUCUCCGUUAUUUCAUGCAACAUUACGUUGACAGCGUUAAUGGCCAUCGGCUCUGUGGUGACAUGUGAGAUUAUUUCUUUCAUUUGCGAGAGCUGUGAACACUGUCUGUAUAAACAAUUAGCUAGUCGAUUGUGGCUGUUUUUCUAA